GAUCUGUUCCUGUGAUUACAUAUGAAGUGCAGCUUGGCAACAGAUAAAAGUAUUUUUCCAGACUAAGAGACUCCACCAAUGAAGACCUGCGGCUCAGACAUGAAGCGCUCGGCUCUCAUAAUCCUGAUGAUCAACAGUUUCUGUGCCUUUUCGCAAAUUCCCCAUGAAGUUCUCUAUAUUGUGGGCUGCUUUGACAAUGGGACAGCUGAAGCGCAGUUUGAGGUGGAUGCAGAGGAGCUUUUAUACGUGGAUUUUGACCGAAAGGAGGUUGUUUACAGUAUUCCCAGAUUUUUUAUUGACGACCCAAGCAAAAUGUUUGAGAAUUUGAAUGUAUUUAGAAAUGCUAAGAAAAACAGGAACACAUGUACAGCAGUUCUUGCAAUCUACAAAGCGGAGGAGAAAAAUCCACCAGAAGAAAUGGACCCCCCUGAGAGCAUCCUCUACCCUUCAGAAGAAGUUCAGUGGGGAGUUGAAAACAUCCUCACCUGCUUUGUGAAUCAUUUCUACCCACCUGAGAUCAAAGUCAGCUGGACCAGAAACGGCCGUCUGGUGUCCGAGGGGGUGUCACUCAGUCGCUAUUAUCCCAAUAAUGAUCAAACCUUCCACCAGUUCACAACCCUGACAUUCACACCAAAGGAGGGAGACAUUUACAGCUGCACUGUUGAACACUUAGCUUUGGACAGGCCGCAAACAAAGAUCUGGGAACCUGACUUCAGUCAUCCCAGUCUUGGACUAGAUGUUUUCUGUGGAGUGGGCCUGUCUCUGGGCUUGUUGGGAGUUGCAGUUGGAACAUUUUUAAUAGUUAAGGGACACCAUGGACAUUGAUUUCUCUGUUUUAGAAAGAUUAUACACAUGGAAGUGAUGAUGGUGCACAUGCAUUUUACAACAACAAUUUUGGAGUGCACCGUUUAUCAUCUUUUAAACUGUGAUUUGUCUUUGAGAGAGGUUUGAAUAUCAGGCCUGCUGUGGCCCAUUGAAGAAUGAACUAAAUGAAGAUUAAAUGGAGUUUACAUGUGAAAGAUAUACACUGUUCAAACACAUAUUUCCUCUACACACAUGUGGACACACUCUAAUACACUGUACAUAUGCUAGAAUAUAUUUUACUUUUUUAGAGGGAAAAUGUAACUUUUUAAGGAAUAAAUAACACAUUCUUUGUCUUUAGAGUUAAAUGCUGAAUUCAUAAGCAAUAAAACACACCUCUACUCCACUAUGUACAUUCAGGGAUUUUGCUGCUUCAGCCUCACUUGGUCUGGUAUGACCAGUAGCUUCUGGUAGCUAAUGCUAGCUAACAGCAUACUAAAAAUUGAUCAAUAUUGUAUGAUUGACAUUAUUAAAUGUCAGGAAGAGCUUUGGAUUUACACA